AUGGCUCUGAGUCCAAGGGCUAGUCUGGUCCUCUGUGAAGACCCAAAGAUGACACCUAGUCUCACCUCCACUGAAGCACCAAGUAUAGGCUCUGGCACCAUCUCUGCACCCAACCCAGAAAUGAACCUUAUUCCUACUUUAAAUCCACCCCUGAGUCCUGGCUUGGCUCUUGUUCCAGACCUUAAUCCAAUACUGAAUACUGUCUCUGAGGAGGGCCCUGGCCUAGUGUCUGAUAUCACCCCCAGACCUGAAGACAGUAGGGCUGUGGCUCCAGCCUCCCUCCAGAUCUCCGCUUCCCCCUCUGGUGAAGCCCUGAGUCUGGAGUCGAAUCACAUCUCAAAGCCUAACUCACAGGGGACCCUAUGUCCAGCUUCAAACCUCAUUCCAAGCCCUGGCUCGACCGAGGCCCACGGUCUGAGCUUGGGGAACCACUCUGGGCUGAAUUCUAAAGAGGCCUUCAACUCCCACUCAAGCAAUGUUUUUGAUUUGGGUCAGAGCAACUCCAAUCCUUCCAGACCUGAACCAAACCCACUUAUAAGGUCCUCUUCAAGAGAAGCCCUAGUUCUUGGCCACUGUAUCUCCAGGCCAGACUCAAAAACACCCCUUAUUUCAGCCUCAAACUCUUCUCUGGAUUCCAACUCCAAUCAGCUGCUCAGUGCAGACUUAAAAACCAUCUCCAAGCUGGACCUGAAUGUGGCUCCAGGUUCUUGUGGGACCUUAAUCCCAAACACCAGUGAAACCAUCACUUUGAUUUCACAUAACAUUUCUAGGUCUGUUUCGAAAGGAGCCUUUGGUGCAGUUUGGAACACGAGUUCCAAGGGAACCAUCAAUGUGACUUCAGAUGGCACUGCCAGGUCUGAUUUGAAUAUGACUGCCACUCAGGCCUCAUGUUUGACCCUAGUUCCUGUGUCCAAUGAUGGUAUUAGCCGGCACUCCAGCACCUGUGAACCUGACUCCAUGCUUUCUCCACCCUCAUGCAUGACCCUGAUCCUGGGCUCCAAUGAGACUCUGAGCCUGGGCUCUAGCCUCAUCUUCAGCGACACCUCCACCCUGUCACUGAGCAGCCAGCAGGAUUAUUCUGAGGACAACACCAUCCACACCGUGCCCCUGGAGGAGAAUUCGCAGAGCUGGAGUGAGAUGGCUGGUGCUGAGAUGGGCCAGUUCUCGCUGGGGUUCCCUGCUUGCAACAACACAGAGAAGGAUACCAGCGAUUUCCAAAGUCUCGCUGAGGGAGCCUUUGAUGAAGUGGCCUCGUGCCUGGUGAACCUGCCAGGGAAGAGAGAGGAUGGCAACAAAAUGACUCUGGUCAAAAAUGUCAUCACCCUCCAGAAGAGCAAGGAUUUGCUGGAAAUGGAAGGAGAGAAGAAGACCAUGGUGAAGGAGAUGAUGAGGCAGAUCCAGGAAGAGCCACUGGAUUCUCUCUCCAGCUCCGUCCGCCAGCAAGCCAUGGAGACCUUGACAAAGCUGAGUCACACCUGCCCAGCCCUGGGUGUGCGGGAAAGGUCAGAGCUGGUGAACACGUGUGUGAAGAGUGUGUUCUCCCUGCCUCCUGUGCAGGCCAUGCAGGAGAAAGAUGAGGCCAAAGCUGAGACCAUACAGACACUUUACCAUCGGACCUUGGACGCCCUGCAGACACUGCUCAACGCCCUCUUUGUUGAGGACCCCACUCCUGCUGGGCUGAAGAGCAUUUUGGAGCCCCUGGGGCCCUGGAUGAACUCUGGAAAGGCCCAUGAGCGAGCACGGGCUGUGAAGAGCAAUGUCUCUGUGUUGAACCACACACUUCUGACCCUGCCUUUCUUUAUGUCCUCGGGAUUCCCUGCACUGGGGCUUCUGCUGGGGAGGCUCAUCCUUCGCAUCGGGGAUCCUGAUGAGGAGAUAGGCCGGGAGGCUCUGGAUGGCAUCAUCAUCCUCUACACCAUCCUGGAGCUCCAAAAACGAGCCAGAGAUAAGGAAGAGACCAACAAGAAGGAGCUGUAUGAGACCAACAAGCGUUUCCUGGGGCCCUACAACCCUGUCAGCCCAUGCCAGAACAUUCUGCGUGUGAUCGCGGAAUUUGGAGACUUCCUAGGGCCCCAGCAGGUAAAGGACCUGUUGCUAGCAGCCCUGGAAGGGCUGAAAGGUGGCUCAGAGGCUCAGGGGAAGGACUCAGGAGAGAUGAUGCAGCUGGCCUCGGAGAUCACACUCAGCUCAGUACUGGAGUGGUAUCGCCACAAGGCACUGGAGGUGAUCCCAGAAAUCAUGCAGGCCAUCUAUGUGCAGUUGAGACACAUCCAGGAGCCACGGGCCCGGGAAGUGGCCCUGCUGCCCGUCUCUCUCCUGGCUAGCUCCUUCAUGACCGAGGUCGUCGUGGCCCUGCUCAUGUGUCCCCUCCCAUUGGACAGCAAUGGAGCCGAGAUGUGGAGGCAGCUGAUACUGCGCAAGCCCAGCUGUGAUGCCCGAGACCUCCUGGACCUGCUCCUGACCAGCCUGAAGGAGAAGCCUGUCACCAAGAAGGGCCGGGCCUCCAUCGUGCCCCUGGCGGCAGCCAGCGGCCUGUGUGAGCUCCUGUCCGUCAACAGCUGUGUGGGCCGCGUGAGGCGUAUCUACCCGCAGCUGCUCCUGGCCCUGCUCAUUCAGGUCCAUUAUCACAUCAACCUCAGUCUGCCUGGCUGGGUGGCUUCCCACACGGACGCCAAGAAGGACGCACAGCCCUCUGUCUUCGUACCUGUGCGCUGGAUGGUCAAAGUGGUAAAAACCCUGCUGCUGAAGAUGGGCUGCUCAGACGAGGCCACGUUUCUGGAGGACCAGGGCGGCUGGGAGCUCAUGGGGCAGGCGGAGAACCACCAUCGUGGAGUGGCGCUUCUGGCGAGGGCCAUGGUGUACUACUCCUGCCAGGAGCUGUGCCGCCUUCUCUACCUGCUCAUCCCGCUCCUGGAGCGAGGCGACGAGAAACACAAGAUCACCGCUACCGCCUUCUUCGUGGAGCUCCUCCAGAUGGAGCAGGUGCGACGGAUUCCCGAGGAGUACUCUCUGGGGCGGAUGGCAGAAGGCCUGAACCAUCGUGACCCCAUCAUUAAGGUGCUGUCCAUCCGAGGCCUGGUCAUCCUGGCCCGCAGAACUGAGAAGACCGCCAAGGUGCAGGCGCUCCUGCCCUCCAUGGUGAAGGGCCUGCAGUGCGUGGAUGGGCUGCUAGUGGUGGAGGCAGGCCACAACCUCAAGGCCAUCUUUAAGGGGCAGGAACGGAAACUGAAAGACAGCUCGGUCUAUGUGGAGAUGCUGCAAGUCCUGCUGCCACACUUCAGUGACUCACGGGAGGACGUGCGUUCCUCCUGCAUCAACCUGUACGGCAAGGUGGUCCAGAAGCUGCGGUCACCCCGCACUCCAGCCAUGGAGGAGCAGCUGGUCAGCACCUUGGUGCCUUUGCUGCUGAUCAUGCAAGAGGGUAACGCCAAGGUGGGCCAGAACUGUGUGAAGACCCUGUUCCGCUGUUCUUGCUUCAUGGCUUGGGAAUUGCCAAAAAGAGCUUAUAGCCGGAAGCCCUGGGACAACCAGCCGCAGACAGUGGCCAAAAUUUGCAAGUACCUUGUGAACACCCACAGAGACAACGCCUUCACAUUCCUCAGCCAGAGCCUGGAGUACGCCAAGAAUUCUCGGGCUUCCCUCCGGAAGUUCUCGGUCAUGUUCAUAGGGUCCCUGGUCCCCUGCAUGGAGAGCAUAAUGACGGAAGAUCGUCUGAAGGAAGUGAAAGCCGCUCUGGAAAACUUGAGGCACGACCCAGAAGCAUCGGUGUGCAUCCACGCGGCCCAGGCCCAGGACAACAUCCUGGCCAGCUGCUGGCGGAACUCCUGGCCACUGCCCCAUGAGGACUCCUGGGUAUGUGAGCCGUCUACCACCCACUGCUGGAGCUCGAGCUGUGAGAACCUGCCCACUUCCCACCAGCGGCGCUCCUGGAUCAUGCAGGCACUGGGCUCCUGGAAGAUGUCCUUGAAACAGUGA